CAUUGGUUCUUUGUCAGCUGUUUGCCAGUGCGCUUUUCUUGUGAAACAUUUUUUUGCAUUUUGCGCCGUAAUGUGGGUUUUCUGAACUAAUCAAACUGAAGAGAACGGGCCGCAGCUGCGAUGCCGCCAAACACGGCCCUUAUAAGCGAUCCAAAGAUCGCUUUUGCCUACCUGCGUCCAGCUUGUGUCAGGCUGACCCGUGUGCCUACUUUCAACCAUGUUGAGACAUUGAGUGCACAGUUAAAGGAGGUCAACUCUGCUACCCUGCAGCAGCUCCAAGAGUAUGUCCUCUUCCCUCUCCGCUUUGUGCUCAAAGUGCCCGGACCCAAGAAGGACAAAGUGGUGCAAGCUGUGGUUCAAGCUAUGAGUCACGUCCUCGAGAAUACCUGCGUUCAGAGCUGGCAGACCCUCCAUGAACUCUUCUCAGAGCUCUGCCUCUGCCUUUGUUCACCAGACAAUCCUGGGAAACCUGCAGCUACAUCAGAAGAGCUGAAAUUAAUCGUGCUGAAAUGCCUGAAUGCCUUGUUUCAUGCUGCAUUUGAAGAUAUCGUAUUCAAAUUUUUCGAAACCACAAUGCUGCCUGAGCUGGGAGCUGCCGUUUCACUACUUCUGGCUUUGGCCGAGAAGGAGAAAUCGAGAGAUGUUCAAAUAGCAUCCUUGAAUGUCCUUCAGGUGUUGACUCUGCAGUGUGACUGCAAUGAGGAUCAUGUAGUACCCUCCUCACAGGAGCAGGAAGCUGUAGGCAAUGCUCUGGCUUCAUUCUUACCUGGAGUUACAAUGACAGUGACCCGAAUCAUUACAGGAGAUGUCAGACAAGGUCAUGGAGUCACAGUUAGGGCUAUCAAGGUUUGGUCCAGGACUGUCGGCCUCGUCAUGGAAGAUGCUCAGCUUCAGUCCAGUGAGCCAGUUAAGUCUCCCUCCGUGGACCUGGGGAGGAUUGGCCAGCUGAUGGUCCAUCGCACACCGGACUGGGUGAAAACCACGUCGGGAAAGCUCUGCUUGCUCCUGAAGAAGAUCAUCUCGAGCACGGUGGCACAUCAGCACUGGAGAGUUCGACUGGAGGUGGUGGAGCUGGCAGAGCACCUGCUGGACAGGUGUAGUCAGGCUUUGGGCGAGUGUAUUGGGCUGCUUCUGGAGGCACUGGUCGGAGCCAUUAACGAUGAAGAGCCCCGAGUCAGAGAGAGGUGUGAAGUUGCGCUCAGAAAGGCUUCCCAGAAAAAUCAGAUGUCUGUCAACGCCAAAAAUCUCAGUUGUAAAAACAGCUCUCAAACAUUCACUGAUGUCCUGUCAGAGAAUCUCCACUCUUUGGCCACUUCACUGCCCAGACUGAUGCGUACCUCUGAUGACCAGAAGAAGCUGUUUGUCCUGAAUGUCUUUCUGGGUUAUUUAAAGCUCCUCGGACCACUGGUCUCUGUGGUGCUGAACUCAGCGGUGCAUCUUGAGAGGAUUUCCAAAGCUCUGAUGCAGGUACUGGAGUUGGACGUCACAGAUGUCCGUAUUGUAGAAGAACGAGGUCACAAUGCCACAAUAGAACCAAGCUCAGGUUCCCAGCACUCGGCUCACAUCCGGAGGAAGCAUUUUCUGUUCUUUACAGAUGAGAAAAUUUUUUCUGUGCUCACGGAGAUCUGUCAGUUAUUAGGUCACUAUGGCAACAUUUUUCUGCUGACGGACUUCUUCUUGGAUCUGUACCGCCAGUCCUCGGCGUACAGAAAGCAGGCCGCCAUGGUUCUCAAUGAAAUCAUCCGAGGGGCUGCCGGCGUCACAGAGGGUGAAGGCGGAGGACUUCCUCGCUCCCCGGAAGACCUAAAAGCAGUUGUGAUGCUGGUCAUGGAGGAAUACGUCAGCCUGAACAACUGGCACUUGAUCACAGUCAAUGAGGAAAUUGACCAAGGUGGACAGGACCAACAGCUGCUGAAGCCGCCCAUCCUCCUUCCCAUAUCCAACAGUCGUGCCAACCCUCUCCAAGUCAUCUCUUCCGCCUGUGCCCCAUCGCCCACCUCAACAGUCCGCCAGCUCAAUAGUAACAUCUGGCAGCUGUGCAUCCAGCUGGAGGGUGUGGCCUGCUUCGCCCAGGCCCUUGGACACGACUUCCGUCCCCUGCUAAUGACAUCACUGUACCCCGUGCUUGAGAAAGCGGGCGAGGAAACACUUUUGAUCCGCCAAGCAGCUCUGGACUCCAUGUGGGACAUCAGCAAGGCCUGUGGCUACUUGUCCCUAAAGGACCUGAUUAAUGAGAACUCGGACUAUCUGCUCAAUGACAUCUCACUUAACUUGCAGAGGCUCAGCCAGCAUCCGCAGGCUCCACGUGUGCUGACUGUGAUGUUGACUCACUCCGACGGCACUUUGCUCCCUCUGGUGCGAGAUAUCAUUCAGGACGUGCUCACGGCUCUCGACCUCAGCUACGAUCACACAGCCUCUGUCUUCUCCUCGGUUCUGCUCGCACUCAUGAAGGCGCUUGCGAGGUGGUUUCCUUUGACUUCUAGCAAAACCAAAGAGUCUGCGCGGUCCAAGCGGACCCUCGCUGGCCAAGAAGUCUUCAACAUCCGCCAGUUCCUGCUGGACUACCGUAAACAGAAAGAGCUGGCAGAAGGCAUCGGAAUAGAGGAAGAUGACCCUCAAGACCUGGAGAUUCCUCCCCCAACGGAGUUUGAAGAAGACGAUGAUGCUGAUGACUGUGAUGUGAAAGCCGAACUGCCCGCCCACCUCAGCAUUACCAAAGAUGUUAUGGAGCGCUGCAUUCAUCUGCUGUCCGACUCAAAUCUCUGCCUCCGACUCAAGAUGCUGGAUGUACUGGAGCUGUGCAUUAGCGUGCUGAGUGAGAGGGAAAACGAAUUGCUACCCAUGGCCCAUCGCUGCUGGCCCGCUCUCGUGCAGAGACUGACAGCCGACGACCCGCUCGCCGUGCUCAGAGCCUUUAGGGUUUUGUGUACUUUGGGUCGCACUUGUGGCGACUUCCUGAGGAGGAGGGUCUCCAAGGAGAUUUUGCCGAAGCUGACCUCCUCUUUGACUAAACAGGCUCCCGUUAGCGCCAAAGCAGGACCCGUCUAUACUCACACUCUGGCCUACAAACUGCAGCUGGCGGUACUUGAGGGACUGGGUUCUCUGUGCCAGAGCUUGGACCUGGCUGAAGCGGACUUGGAUGUUGUUUGUGAAGCGUGCCUGCCCUACCUGAGCUGCAAACAACCCAUCCGACUGCAACAGGCUUGCUUGAGCGUUUUCCACCACUUGACCCAGGUGGACCCCGAUGCUUUCUGGUUGAUGUUAAAUGAGCUCCACUGCCCGUCCUCCUUCGUCCCACCCCACCCCGACCUGCAGCCCGUGUGGUUGAGCGGGAUGGGACGCCCCAGGGACGAGUACUCGGACAAUGUGCUCAAACUGCUGAGGGAGGAAUUUGGCCAAACGGGUGACGAGUAGGGCCGAUUGUGACCAAAGUACUCCCAGGGGACAGUUCAGUGCAGAAGAUCGAUGCGUGUACAGAUGUUGUAGACAUUUUUAUCCAAGCUCUAAUUUUAUAUAACUUUCCAGGUAACCGUCUCAUGUUCGGACUGUGGCACAGGAGUUUUUUUGUUCUCAUUUUUGUCCUGUAAUCCGCCCACUUUAUCACGACUACAAUUAAGAAAAUGAACUUGUAUACAGAAUGUUUUUUUUCAGUCAAACUUGAAUACAGCACAUGAGGAAUAAAUGUUUGGUGUGGUAAAGA